AUGCCUUUCUAUGAAUUUAGCACAAAGGAGCUCGAGGGGUCGGAGCUGCGGCCGCGCGGCAGGGAGAAGGUGCGCAGGAGCACGUCCCGCGACCGGCUGGACGACGUGGUGCUGCUCACCAAGGACAUCCAGGAGGGGGACACGCUGAACGCCGUGGCGCUGCAGUACUGCUGCUCGGUUGCAGACAUCAAGAGGGUUAACAAUCUUCUCAGCGAUCAAGAUUUUUUUGCGCUGAGGUCCAUCAAAAUUCCAGUGAAGAAGUUCAGCGUGUUGACUGAAACGCACAUGUCUCCAAAAGGAAGGGCGGCUCUGCGGGCUGCCCACUCCUCCUCGGAGGCACAGGGCACCUCGUCGCCUUCUGAUAAAUUCUCUGCUAAUGAGACUGCUGGCAACUUCUUAAAAGAAGUGGAUCGUGAUAUAGAACAAAUAGUGAAGUGUAAUGAUACAAAGAGAGAGAACCUUGAUGAAGUUGUUUCUGCCUUAGCAGCCCAACAGGUCUGUUUUGAAACUGAUGGUAAAGCUAAGAAAUGCAAAGAUCCGUAUUAUGGAGCAGAUUGGGGUAUAGGCUGGUGGACAGCUGUAGUGAUUAUGUUGGUUAUUGGCAUAGUAACUCCAGUUUUUUAUCUUCUGUAUUAUGAAGUUUUAGUGAAAGCAGAUGUCAGUCACCAUUCUACAAUGGAAUCUUCCCAUGCAGGUGUCACAGCACCAUCGCACCAGAAACACAUAGAAAAUGGAAUUAAUUCAGGAAAUAUUAUAAAUGUUAAUCGAGGAUAUAAAUGACAAUCAACAGGAGCUUCUGCAUUAUGACUGAAAGCCCCGUACAAGUGUUAUACACCUAGAUACAUAACUUUGCAUUAUAUGAGGAGGAAACCACAAUGCAAAGUGCAUCAGGAAUGCAGAAAAAGCAUUUGAAUGAUGUAUGGUUUGUAUUUAUGGGCAGUGUUCCAUUAUAUGGAUAUUGGUGUGGCUCAUGUAAGCUCUGAAUAUGUCUGAGGUUAGAGGAUUUUAAUGCAAGAUUGGAAUACAAAUGAAGAUAUAUAAAAUGGUCUCUGAAACUUUGCACUUUUUCCUAUUUUGAUAAGCUUAGGUUUUCUAAUGGCGAUGUGAGAUAGUUUAUUUUAAACUAACCAAACAACUCUCACUGUACCUUUUCAAUCCUAAAAUGGCUAUCUGGGGAUGUCAAACUUUUAAAUGUGUUGAAAUAUUUAUAUGGUGCAUAGUACAUUGGACAUUUUCAAGAUCAAGUUUACAGUUAUCUGUUAAAACUGCAUUCUCAUUUUAUUUUUAUAAGAAGUAGCAUGAAACAAUCAUUCCAUCAGCUGCCACUAUGAAGUCCUCUUUCUGUUAAAAGUGUUUUUUAUAGAGGCAGGAGCUAAUACUUAAGCUGGAGUCUUUCUUUUUUUAACCUGUGGUCUGCCCGUUCUUUAAUCCUUUUCAGUACAAGUGAUAAGCCAGUUUGAUAACUCUGUUUAUGAUCUUGUGCCUCCACCCAGUCCAGUUGAGACAGUCUUCGACUAUAGUAUCCAGCCAAUACUGACAGUCUGCCUGGAGUCCUCUUCUGUUAGCUUAAAAUGAAAGAGGAUGUAUAGCAUCUCAUUCUGCUUCAUUUUUUAUCCAUAUGGAAUUUUCUCCCUCUCCACAUAAACUCAGUUCAGAAGCAACUGCUUUGUUUCAGAGAGCUGUUAUCUGGGGUUUCUGAAAGUGCCUGUUUUCAUGCACUCCUGAGCACUCUUCCUGAAGCCUACCCCAAAGCUCUGAAAACUCCCAUAAAAUGCAGCAGAAGGUAGCAGUUGCAGCUUGAAACUGUUCUUUAGCAUCUUCCCAUCUUUCCCUUUCUGGAAAUGCUACUAUAUUAAGAAAAGAAAUCAGACUUUUCCUAUAGAAAAGUAAUACCAAGAGAUACUAUAAGCUCCUGUGUGCCUUGUGGAAUAAAAUUUUCAUUGUCCUCUUUAAAAUUAAAAUUCAUUAUCAAACCCCAAGUUAAUUGACUUAAGACUUAAGGUGAAGAGGAAGAAUAUCACUCCUAUUUUUUACCCUAUGCUUUCUCCUUCAAGCGUCUUGGCAAUGUAUGCAGUAUAAAAUGGUGAAUUUCUUUGCUGAAGGUAUUUGAAAGUGCUUUAUCAACUAAAAUUUGUGAAAGUUAGGACUCCUGCCCCUGUUGUCCUUCCCUUCAUGCUGAACAAGUGUAUGAGCCUGAAUCUGGUAACUUUUGAUGUAAUUUAAUGAAACUGAAUUAGAUCUAAACCUUGAAGUGAAAUUAUUUACAAACGUUGAAUGUUGAAGUACCAAUUUUUCUCAAGGUUGUAUGAGAACACGGCAAAACUUAUGGUGGCUUUUAUGAUAGAGCUUCUGUGUUUAAAACUUUAGAAGUGAACUUUAGAAACCUGUGACUUGCUGUAGCCCCAAAGGACCUUUGGCACAUUAAGACAAGUGUUUUCUUUGUAGGGCUGGAACUGUGGACGUAAUAUGUAAUGUUGUGCUGCAAACCUCUUUGCUGUUUUUUCCUUUUUUUUCAAUCUGUUUCUGUAAUCUCGAAGUUUUUGCUACUUUAUCUUCUGCUUUCCUAUAAAACUGAGCAACAUGAAUUUAGGCUUAUGUUGCAUAUUCAAGCUAGCA